GUCAAACUCCUUAUAUGGUACAUAAUUGGGCACGCGACUUACAAUUUGCCCUUACAGCCUAGCCUCAUUGUUCCUAUUUCUUUCCCUUUCGACAUUGUCUUCCUACUAAUCGAUCUAGUUCCAAUUGUCGUCGUCGUUUUUAUUGUUGUCGUGCUUCGAUUCUCUUGUGCUUCCUUCUAGGAAAUGUUGUGGAGUGUCUUUAAGGCUCUACGUGGACGGUGACUUGCAGCUAUCGUGGCAAUGACUCGGAGCGACUCUUUUCAGCAAGGAGGAAUAUUGGGAUCUGUUGCGAGGUUCUGGACUCAUUCAUAUGCGCCCGAUUAUGUAGGAUUCGCCGGCCUACUGACGGCAUACCUUCUAAUCCAAUUCUUCGUCGAACCCUUCCAUCGCAUGUUCUAUAUCAACAAUCUAAACAUAUCGUUUCCUCACGCCGAGAUCGAACGAGUGCCCGUCUGGCUUAACUUCGUAUAUGCCCUAUUUGUCCCCCUUGGGGUUGUGUUGCUGUACAAUAGCUUCUCCCGAGCCUCGUUUCAUAAACACCAUAGCACUAUCCUCGGUCUCGCCAUUGCCCUAAUCCUCAGCUCAUUCCUCACCGAUAUCGUGAAGAACACGGUCGGCCGUCCGAGGCCGGACCUGAUCGCCCGUUGUAAGCCAGCCCACGGCACCAAACCCAACGUCUUGGUGACCAUCGAUGUGUGUACCGAAACGGAUCACCAUACUCUCCACGACGGCUGGCGAUCCUUCCCUUCGGGACACUCUAGCUUCUCAUUUAGCGGCCUCGGGUACCUGGCCUGCUUCUUAGCUGGUCAAUUGAGGAUCUUCCGUGAUAGGAAGGACAUAGGUCGUUCAUUAGUCUGUCUUGCUCCUCUAAUCGGGGCCACCUUAAUAGCUAUCAGUCGCUGCGAAGACUACCGUCAUGAUGUGUAUGACGUUUCCGUGGGGUCGAUACUGGGCUUUACCGUAGGCCUCUUCACCUACCGCAGAUACUGGCCUCGGUUGAGUAGUCGAGAAUGCGACGAGCCGUAUCCACCUCCUGGAACAGAGGCAGACGAUAGAGAAGGUUGGAGAAGAGUCCGAGAUGAAGAGGAAGGGGGUUCGAUCGUGGGACGAAACGAUGGGUAUGAAAUGGCCAACCUGAUAGGGAGUCAUAGCUAACAUGUGUUUACUAGAUGAUCAAAUCUGUGACUCGUGCGAAGUAUUGGAUAUGUUGUUGCUUCGGUGCUUCAUUAUUGAUAGGGAUAAAUCGUAGCUUCUCAUCUGAGGCUGUAGCUCCUUAAAGGCACGAAAACAUUGCUGAGUUCUUCAAACAAUCGUUGUCAAAUAUGAAAUUGCAAAUUCUAACGGAAUCAAGUCGGCUUGGAGCUAUGUGAGAUUUCCUCCAGUUCUUGAUACAUAUGACCAAGUAAUAGCAUUGUAAUGCCGGAAGUGGGAUACAUUGGGAGUCGUGAAGUACUAAGGUAGGCAUUUAAUUGUAUAUAUUAUAGGUACUAGUGGCCAGAGUGAGUUGUGAAAAGUGAGGCCGUAGAUAGGUAGUUAGUAGUAAUAGGUAAGUAAGUAUAUGAGGUAGAUUCAGACAUUGACAAUGGUGUUUACAGUGUGGAUAGCAUCCGAAGUACUCCGUGCGCAUGCUUCUCUGCUCUUCCCUGUUAUCUAGAAAUUGAUAACUGAUAUCUUCACGCGUAUUCACCCGAUAGCAUAGAGAUUUGUAUAAGGAAUU